UUCGAGCUCACCUACAGGCGAGGGUGCUGGUUAGUGAGUGGCCCUUCAGGUUGUUUCGACGCGUUAUACUCGCAGACUGACCGGACCUUGCCCCCAGCCUUCCCCUUUUUGACGACUUCACUUUCCUUCUUUCACGCCUUUCCUACGCACUGCCACGUCGAAUAUGCGUUACCCCGCCGUUUUAUCUGCUGUGUUCAUCGCCGUCGCUGCGGCACCUGCACUAGCCGCCCCCUCGGGACUCGGCGUCCGUGCGCUCGAAGAGGAUGCGCUCGCACAGCGCAGCUUCGACGACGAGCUCUACGCUCGGGACCUGAUCUUCGGACGGGCGGACACGCCCGCCAGGCCGGGACUACACCGCAGUAACGCUGUUCGCAGACCCCACCGCCACGCCCAGCACCCACCCCAACGGGACGCUUCGAAACGGCUCCCGUCGUCCCCCAAGCCCGCGGCUCCCAAUCCGCAACAGCGGAGGGAGCUUGACGAGCUCUAUGCUCGGGACCCGAUGGACCGCGGGAGACCAUCGGGGCGUGUACUUUACCGCGGACCGCCUUCCCGUCCACCUCAGACUAGACUGCGCCCAUCAGGCCCAGUUCCGGUACCUCAGAGGCCUCGGAGGCCUCACGGUGCCAACAAUCUUCCGACUAUUACUCUUACUUCACCGCAGAAUCAUCAGAGGGACCUUGACGAGCAUUUGUUUGCGAGGGCAACCGAGGAGGACGAGCUGUUCGCGCGCGCAUGGGAGGAUGCGGUGUUCGCCAGGAUGGACGUGGACGACUUGGACUAGUGCAGGCUACGUCGCCCACAGCAGAUCACUUGACGUUGUAGUGCGUGUUAGGUAGUGGAAUGAGAUUGUUGAGUCGUGAAA